AUGCAAGGAACACAAAGCCCUCAGGUCGUCCACCGAGGGGCUACAAAACGUUUUUCUGGCAUCAAACCCAUGAACCAUGAAAAGCGUCUCGCGGUUCUUGGCCUAUUUCCUCUAAAGCACCGUCACUCCCGAGGAGACCUAAUACUUCAUUAUGCCCUGUUUGAACAGGGUUUGGCCACACAGGGUUUUUCACUGUCGGUCCAACCGACCCAUGGUCGGACAGACACGGUAGCGCUCACAUUCAUUAGGCUAAAUAUUUUAUCAUUUCGGGUAUUAGCCCAGUGGAAUGACCUUCCUCCGACGGUUGUCCACGCUCCUUCUAGAGCCCAGUUUAGAGCACUACUAGACAUUUAUUUAUGCGAAUCCUCGCGUGAAAGACAGCCGCCGAACGACAAGAACAAAACCGACCCGGGAAGUUUGGGCAAAAGCGUCGCUCUUGUAUACCAAUCCGUGAAGCUUGGGCGAAGCCUCGAUCGCGUGUGUCGGCGCUCGGUACACGUAUUUUCAGUUGUCGGUGUUUCGUUGUACAUCGUUCUGUUAUUCGGCCGUUUCUCACCUCAUAGGUGUAUGUUUUCAAUGGGAGACAGGGAAGAUUUGAUCCGAAAGUUCUGCGCAGUCGCAAAUACCUCAGAGAACGAGGCACAACACUUAUUAGAAGCGUUUGAAUGGAACUACGAGGAGGCUAUUAAGGCGCAUUUUGAUGAUGAGGAUGCUUCCAACGAGGCAGUAAGUGACAGACCAGACGAAAGCAUCAAUCAAGGAAACUCAGGAGUGCCUCCUUUGUUGGGCCGCCAGCCGAAAUUGGUCACUUUUGACGCUAUCAGAAGCGACAGUAAGACGGGCCCAGAUGAAGGACAGUCAUUCUACGUGGGUGGUUCGGAAACCGGGGGUGGUGGGCAGCAAGUUUUAGGCCCACCCAGGAAGUCCAGUCUCCCGGAUCCUGUUGCCUCUCCGGAUGAAUUCAUUCAUAAGCUGUUUCAAGAUGCCAAAGGUCAGGGUGCCGAAGUCUUGGAUCCUGAUCGGUAUAGAGAGAAGACAGAGAAACGGAAAACGCGAACGCCUUUCAUUGGUGUGGGUUACAGACUCGGCGAAGACCCGAACGCACUCAGUACUCCAGAGGCAACUACCUCAAUAUCUAGAACUGAUGGACCUUCGGCAGUUCACAGCUCCACAGAACCGACCGAAGAAAAGAGCAUCAUUGUGAAAAUGUGGCGCGAGGGGUUCAGCUUGGAUAAUGGUCCGUUGCGUUCCUACACCGAUCCAGAUUCCCGUACCUUCCUAGAGGAUAUCAAGUCUGGGAAGGUUCCGCAGGAGUUGAUUCGAUCCGCUAACGGCGGUCUUGUCAAUGUCUUCCUUGAAGAUCACCAUCAUGAAUCUUGGCGCGCUCCUCCUGCUCCUAAGGUAGUCCCAUUUUCCGGCAAGGGGAACAUGCUUGGACAUCCAGUCCCGAAACUUGCUUCUGUGACUCCGGACUGCCAACAAUCAACAGUAUCCUCCUCAUCCCCCUCGCCCGGUCCGACAGUGGACGAUUCACAACCUGUUACUCAGCUGCAAGUGCGACUUCCUGAUGGUGGAAGGUUGGUGAUCCGAUUGAAUCACUCACACACGGUUCAGGAUGUUCGACUGGCGAUCAUCAGCCAAAGACCCAAUCUUGCGGUAUGCCCAUUCGUACUGAUGACUACUUUCCCAAGUCGUGAACUCAGUGACGGGUCACAGACCAUCAAGGAGGCAAAUCUUCUCAACUCGGCCCUUCUGGUACGACUCACCUAGUUUGGUUACUUUGUUCCUUGAAAAAAUAAAACGAAAACAAAUUCUUUGAUCUCUGUCUUUCUGGCAUCGAAUCACCGUGGAGAAAGAUGGUUGGACACUUUAUCGUGCGCUCAUCAAGUGCGUUUUACCUUGAGAGCUAUUGUUAAUCUCAUUUGUGCUUUUGUCGACUGGUUCUAACUGUUUAAGUAUUCCUUCCAAUUUUGCACGUCGUCUUUUCUCUUGGAAGGAGUUCGCUUUCAGACUUCAUUCGCCAAGUUCAAUCGUAUGAGUUGUAGCGCCACGACUACCGUCGGAUUCCGACGCCUAACUAACCUCCCCGGACGUUCCGUCUCUCCACUUUCGCUACUGUAUUUUUUGGAUGCAUCAAAGACCCACUUUGAC